AUGGCUGGUAUAUGGAUAUCGUCUCAACAAUCGUAUACAUCAUCCCCAUCAUCCAGUGAAUAUGAUUUGGCGAUAACUCGUUUGGUAAUGCCGGAAAAAGAUGAGAAUUUGUCGUCUGAGAAAGGAAACGCAAUAUUGAAGGUGACAUCCGACUACACUGAUAUGUCAAUAGAAACAGACACAAAUGAAGUAAUAAGUGAAGAGUGCAAUUGUGAAGGCGAAAAUUUUUGUUUUCAAGCUUAUGUUGAUGGUAAAAGAACAUCCAGGGGCAAGCCAUUCAAUUGCCAGUUAUUAAAAUAUUUGAAACAGUAUGGGCUGGACUCAAGUACGAAAUUGGAAACUGUCAAAUCGUUUUCGUUUGAAGAGGUUGUCAUUGUGACAUAUGCAUCUACUAACCAUUUCGCUGAAUCCCGUUUAGCAAUUAAAAAAAUUCGAAAUAUAAUGAAUAAUACAAUUGCUUAUUACGAUGUUGGGCUUCGACCACAUGAGGUUAAUGAGCUGAAGACAGUUUGUAAUCUGGUCUAUCACAAAGUCAACUUCUCUGAUUUUCCUCCGCAUACCCGUAAUCUGCACAAUUAUGCCUUCAAGCCUAUCAUAGAUGCAAUCGCUUAUAAAUCUUAUAAAGUUUACUGGUAUGUCGACGCUAGUAUUCGGUUUCGUCAUUUAUCAAAUUUACUGGAUUUUUAUCAAUUAUUGCAAUCAUCAGCAUUAUAUGAUAUAGACCAAGUGAUGAAUGCAAUCCGCACAAGCCACAGCCAAUACUUCGCUACACAUAGAGGAAUGCACUUGUAUUUUCCGCAAAAUGAUGCUCUAGCUAGAAAAACAUUGAUGUAUGCUGCUGGCAUUCAGUUUGUGCGUCGUGGUUCUUAUAGUAAAGAAGUGUUAAAAUGGUAUCUUCUAUGUGCUCUAGAUCAGUAUUGCAUGGCUCCACGAGAUGCCUCUCAAAGUUGCAGGAACCUAAAAAAAGAUCCUUUCAACAUGUAUGGGCAUUGUCACCGGUUUGACCAAAGUGCUUUAGGAGCUAUAAAAAUGAGUAUUUUCGCCAGAGAACGGCAUAAUAGAAUUAAUUAUACAAUAUGGAACAAGUUUUUAACAGUAGAGCGUAGUACAAGAUUGGCCAGUCAUAUUACAAAUCUAGCUUGCCCGAAUAAAGCUUAA